AUGGCCCAUUCGACAAUCCGUUGCAGAUAUCACAACGCCUUCGAGGCCGUCCACCGGCUCGGCGGCUGGACAUCAGGACUAACACUCCACCCAACCAGUCCCUUGCCGUUGCCAUCGCCAGCAACCCCAACUUGGCUCAACUGCCGCAAACUCCCCAUAGUAACCGAGCGCCUCUCAGCCCAUGCCCUACGCAUACACUUCACCUACAGCAACCCCCCACCCGGCACCACCAUCCGCCUCUCCACGUGCCCUCUACUCGAAUGGCACGCCUUCGCGACAAUAAACAACCCCGCCGCCCCUGGCUUCUCGGUGAUCGUCUCCGACGCCGGCGACUGGACCAAGGCGCUCAUCGCCAGCCCCCCACGCGAGCUCUGGGUCCGCCGCACGCCCACGUGCGGCGUCCUGCGCAUCGCGCCCCUGUUUGAUAGUAUCCUGCUCGUGGCCACGGGCUCGGGCAUCGCGCCAUGUCUGCCCGUUAUAAUGGCGCGGCAGACGCGCACCUACGGGUCUGAUAUCGCGGCGAUCGUCGAUGCCCUGGGCGCGAAUACCCGGAUUCACAACACGUCUACCAUGGGAAGGCCGAAUAUGUUGGCUAUUGUCAUGGAGAUGUACAGGCAGACGGGCAGCGAGGCUGUGAUCGUGAUUUCGAACCCGAAGCUAACGCUUCGGCUGGUGCGCGAGUUGGAGGUGCAGGGGGUGCCAGCUUUUGGGCCUAUAUGGAAUUCUUGA